UGGGGCCGACUAAAGAGACAAAGAGCUCAGGACCAAGUGCUGCCUGUGAGACAAAUACAGGGCGAAGGUUUUAAUUUCCCAAAAUGCACCGGGUGCACCAAUGCAUCUUGGGACAAAGAAGGUGUCGUUGCAGUGUUGUGAGAAGUCCUUGAACGUGAGAUGAAUUUUCUUAGCCACGAUUUUUCAAAUACCUUUUUGAAAAACUACUAGUGGGUAAUAACAUUAUUAAAAAACUACACUGAGUCGUGUUUGUGCAGUUGGGACAAUGGGAGCUGAUAAACGGAUUAGUAGGACGGAACGUAGCGGUAGAUAUGGCUCUAACCAAUCCCGCGAUGAAUCAGAAUGGCGCGACAGGCGAGAGAGGGACCAAGAGCGUGAUCACAACAUGCGCCGCUGGGGCGAAGAGAGACGCAGUGAGCGUUUUGAAGGAGAUCGUCGAGGAUCAAGAGACAGUCCAGAGCAAAGAGAAAGGAAACGACGCAACAGCGAUAGAUCAGAAGAUGGUUAUCACUCCGAUGGCGACUAUCCAGAGCAGGAUUACAGAAGGGAGCCUGGGGAGGAGAAGAAGAGCAAGACCAUCAUGCUCUGGGGUCUGUCUCCUCAUGUCACUGAAGAUGAUAUUUGUUUUGCCAUAGACCAACUGGAGGGGCCGCAGCCAGUGGAUGUUAGGCUGAUGAAAAAGAAAACAGGUAUAAGCCGUGGUUUCGCCUUCGUGGACUUUUAUCACUUGCAAGAUGCUACCCGAUGGAUGGAGACCAAUCAGAAACGUCUGACCAUCCAAGGCAAAAGCGUGGACAUGCACUACAGUCACCCCAGAAACAAGUAUGAAGACUGGCUCUGCAACACUUGUGGCCUGUACAAUUUCCGGAGGAGGCUGAAGUGCUUCAGGUGUGGAGCAGCCAAAGCCGAAAGUGAAACCAGCAGUAAUACUGGAGUCUCUGAAACUCAACCCAGCGGAGAUUUCUAUGGCGACACAAUCAUCCUGAGAAAUAUUGCUGCUAUGACCAACGUGGAAGCCAUCUUGACAUCCCUGGCACCAUAUGCUAAUCUUUCAUCUAACAACAUUCGCCUCAUCAAGGACAAGCAGACAGGCCAGAACAGAGGCUUUGCGUUUGUACAACUGUCCUCUCCUCUGGAGGCCUCUCAGCUGCUAACCAUCUUACAGGGACUGCAGCCGCCUCUAAAAUUGGAUGGUAAAACAAUUGGGGUGGAUUAUGCUAAGAGCGCUAGAAAGGACCUUUUACUACCUGAUGGGAAUCGUGUCAGUGCCUUCUCUGUGGCCAGCACAGCCAUUGCUGCAGCCCAGUGGUCUUCAAGUCAGCCACAGCAGAGCUUAGAGGGAAUGUCAGAGUACAGCUACCUGCAAGAAGGCUAUACUCCAAUGUCACAGGAAUACCAGGUGUACUACCAGCAAGCAGCAGCAGCAGCCAGCACCUCCCAGGGAAAUGGGAUUCUAGGAGCUGCCCCAGGUGUAAAGAUUGUUCCAACUGUAGCUGGAGUAGUAAUUGCACAGAGUGCACAAGUCUACCAACCUCAUGUAAUUGCGCAGCCAGCAGUUCAGGCAUUGUCACUUGCCCAGCAAUUGGAGGCGAAAGCCCACACAGGACAUCUUUCAGGCAUUGAAGCUGCGUCUGUGCCUGGUGGCCUUGUAGCUUCUGCCACUGUUACCGCUGCCAAUACAUUAGCAGCCUCAGCUGACGCAAGCACUGUUCCUGAUACGUCCACCUAUCAGUAUGACGAGUCCUCUGGCUACUAUUACGAUCCUCAAACUGGCCUCUACUAUGACCCAAGCACUCAUUAUUACUACAACUCUCAGACCCAGCAGUAUCUGUACUGGGACAGUGAGAAGCAAACAUACGUACCUGCCUCAGCCGACGCAAAUGCUGCACUAAAUGAUAACACAGCGGCAGGCAGCAAAGAAACUAAAGAGGGCAAGGAGAAAAAAGACAAGCCCAAAAGCAAGACUGCUCAGCAGAUUGCUAAAGACAUGGAACGGUGGGCUAAAAGUCUCAACAAGCACAAAGACAACUUCAGGAGUAGCUUUCAGCCCAUUAGUCAAGAAGAGAGGAAGGAGGCAGCAGCUGCUGAUGCUGGCUACAUACUGUUUGAAAAGAAGCAGGCAGGCAGUCUAGACAGACUCAUUCCAGAAGUACCAAGGGGCCCUGAGGAGGAACCACCAACCAGCUCACUCAACACUUCCAAGUGUGGCCUUGUGGCAGCCUACAGUGGCGACAGUGACCCUGAGGAGGGGGUAGCAGAGCCUGAUGGGGGUGAAGGAGGCCAGGACAAGCUGACAGACUGGACAAAGUUGGCCUGCUUGCUGUGUAGAAGACAGUUUCCCAACAAAGAGAGUCUAAUUCGACAUCAGCAACUCUCUGACCUCCACAAGAAAAACAUGGAAGUUCUCCUCAGAUCCAAAAUGACCGAAGCAGAGCUGGAAGAGUUGGAGAGAAAAGAAACUGAGCUGAAAUAUAGAGACCGUGCGGCUGAGAGGAGAGAAAAAUAUGGCAUCCCUGAACCCCCAGCGCCCAAAAAGAAGAAGUUUAGUCAACCAACACCAGUCAUUAACUAUGAACAGCCCACUAAAGACGGUCUUAACAGUGACAAUAUUGGGAACAAAAUGCUGCAGGCCAUGGGAUGGAAGGAGGGUAAAGGUCUCGGUCGCAACCAACAAGGCAUCACUACACCAAUUGAGGCACAGUUGAGAACAAAGGGAGCUGGACUUGGCACUUCAGGCACCAACUACACUCUCUCUGCUUCAGACACGUACAAAGACGCAGUCCGCAAAGCUAUGUUUGCACGUUUCACUGAAUUGGAAUGAGUCAUUAGUCUCAAACUCAAAUUAUUUAUCGUCAUGGUCUGCAGAUUAUUGCUUUUUUUUCUUCUGCAUCAACAAUGUAGUGAAUUGGCAUGGAAGCAAAAGAAAGGUUCUCCCUUAAGGAUGUCUCUCCAUGUGUGGUGAUUAUGCCUUUUUGUCAAAAUGUUUAAAGCA